UUUAUACGGAUUGGAAUGGGACGAGGCUUUUUUUAUAUAAAAAAAAAAUUAAAAAGCCUUAUCAUAGGGGCUGGGAGAAAAUCUCGGGUAAUAAAAACAGGCUUCAACGCAUCGGGGCCUUAUCUCGCGAUUUGUGCCACGGUCGAGAUCGAACCCAGCCCCUCACACAGGGGAGGCGGCGGACAACUCAGCGCCACCUCUCCGCACGGCAGCACCGGGACGAGUCAACGCUUCCGCGAAAACCCUCUGUCUAUAAUCCCUUCCCCUCCUUUCGCCCUUCCGAUCGCGGGAUGGACGAUCCACGGGGGGACGGCGGCGAGAUCCUCCUGGUGGCGGAGCGCGAGACGGAGAUGGCUUCGGGACCGGCGGAUAGCCGGCCCUAUCGACAAGAGGGCCGCCUUCUUCCUCGAAGCGUCCCCGGCGAAUAGGGGCUGGGGCAGCCCCUUGCGCAAGUGGGCCGACUGGGUCGAGAAGCUCUGACCCCGGUUCGGCCAUCUGUGGGAGAGAGCCAGCGUUUUGACUUAGGCCUCCGCCUACAAGACUCUGGCCAGAAGACGUGAUGGUACUCGGCAGGCUCCCCAUACUCGGAGAGCAUUUCAUUUAUCCCGUUUUAAAUUUAAUCGAUUAAUUCGAUUUAACCAAUUAACCUGGUAGAAAGUCAAAAUUCUCUUUUGUUGUUCAGACUUUUUGUCUGAUUAGAAUUGGACCAAUAUUAUCAUCAGAAUGUUUUUCUUCA